GAUGCGGACUGGCCCUGGUGCAGGCCGCUGUUUCAGCCGGGCGCGCUAGCCUAUCAGAGCGGCGGUGCCGGAGCAGCGGGCCCUGACAUGCGGCUCUCCUUGCCCUACGCGGAGCCUGUCGUCACCGCCGCGACUUUCCACUCUGACGGCAGGCCAUCUGCAGCACGAAAAAAACCUUCCAACUUAGAGGCCUCAACAGCGCCAUGCUGCCGGCCGCAACUGUCCCACGCGCCCGGAGCAGCUGCAAUCGGUGCCUCCGGCGGCGAGCACAAUCUGCGCGGCUUCCAAUGGCGCGUCGCCGCCGUGCCGCGUCCACCUCUGCGGCAGGCCAUCUCUCGGCGCGCGGACUCAGCUCGAGAAUUGGGCAUGGUGCGCAGCGGGAGGCUGCCGGCCGCCAAGCCGUUUCAAAUGCAGACGACUCUUCGCUGAGCUUGGUGGUUGUGCACUCGCCGCCGUUCUUACGAGUACAUGAGCCACUCCUUCCCCGUGCGCGCCUUCGCUUUGCUCACGCACACGCACACAUCCCUGUGCCUCUGGAUACCCUCCUUCCUUCCUUCCCUCUUUCUGUAACCAGCCUCCGUCCUUCCUUUCCUCGGACUCAUCCAUCCAUUCAUUUAGAGUCCUCGCCCGACUACACAUUCGUUCAUCAACUCGAGUCCUUUCUCCUCCCCUCGAAGCCUUCGAUUCUAUUCUGCCGGCCGCAUCUUUACUACUACCUCUUCUCUCCGCUCCUUGUUUGCCGUGCUGGCACGUCUUGGCCUAACGCGCAAUUGCCUCAGCUUUCGCCUCGCCUGAAGUGCUUGCGCGUUGAUGUGAGUCUUGGUGUUCCAUAUCGAUCCCUCCGGCAUUGUGUGCCCACUCUACGGCAGUGGGCUGCGUCGUCAACCCUACACAACGCCUUUGUUGCACGUCUCCUGUCGUUUUGUUUUCACUACCUCGUUCUCUUCACGUUCCCUGUCGCCGUUUCCUUAUAAGGCAGUCGCCUGUCCCUUCCGUUUGCUCAUACCAUCGCUUCAUCGUCACCCCCGGGCCCAGGCAGACAUUGACUGUUCGCAGCGCUAGUCGACUUCUCU